CCCCUGAUGCCUUGAUGGAAGGUUCCAUGGUUUCUAGUAGAGACUAAUGGAAAAUGUCCCCCGGCCCAUUCCCUCUUCCGACUCCCAUCCAUGCAUCCCAUGAGGGCCUCAAUACUUCAUGGUCUUCCCCAGGACGAGUACCUGGCCAACGGGUCAGUUUAUGGGGUCGCCAACCCCCCCCUUCCCCCCCCUUGCGCGGUCGUUUGUCGUUCGAUUUUGUUAUUUCUUUCCAUGCAAUAUUCCCAACCUGACGGGGUGAAUGCAACGUCGGUUCCGGUUCCGCCUCGUUUAAGCCUUCUCCCUCCCUUCCUCUUCCGGAAACCCACCCUCCCUAUUUCUUUUCUGUCAAGGCAAGACGACCCUAAGGCAACACGGGGCAGCAGAAGGUUUGGCGGAAGUCUGGUCGAGCCAACCCCGUGUGCCGAGAUGAACUGGUCGCAUCUCAUCCCAUACGCGAACGGGCGGCUCCGUCAGCGGCCCUGCGGGGCGGAAGGGGGCAGAGAACGUUGGCACGCGAGGAAUAUCCUGCCUCGCUCGCACUUUGCAUGAGCGACUUUCCCCGGCGCCUUGAUGUUGAAAGCUUGUAUCUUACGGUUCCGGGGGCGGCUCCGCGGUGGCGGUGCUUACCACGCCUGGGGUUUUUUUUUUUUUUU